GGUUUGUCAAUCUUUACCAAAUCUUCAUGCAUAAAGCCACAAUCAGGAGUAGCAUCACGAUGCUUCUUCCACAAUGUGUCAUUUGUAGAUUUCCCCUCACUCCUGUCUUUUGAAAUAGCAGUGAUAAGGAAGCUUACUAGUUCACGUUGCUCAGCAUGAGUUCGUCCUCUUCAUCUUCAAAAAUUAGAUACAAAAUGAUACCGACGAAAGACGAUGGAUUAAAUGCGGCGGUAGGGAGAGUGGACGAAGAAUCCGAGGAGGUGGUACAAGAAGAAGGCAUCACGGGUUUCGAUGGUAAGUGGAGAUACGCCACCGAAUUCCUUUCACAAUGGAGAAGUAUUUUUGACAGGGAAACCUACCCCGGCUCCCUUCUCUUCAAUACGGGAGCUUUCAUUCUCCCAGCUCUUUACUCCACCCUCAGCAAACUGUGGGUAGCCAACAUCGAUUCUACCCAAGUAGCAACCACAGAUGUAUACACCUAUAUCGGUGUCAUAGUAGAGGUACUCAACGAAGGGCUCCCCCGAGCCGUCUGGGUUAUCAUAGCUGAUGAAUCAAAUCGAAGUCUCCGUUCGCGAUUAACAAUUACCUACACCCUUAUUUCCUUUCAAAUUCUUUUCGGCACUCUACUCAUGAUAAUCUUUCUCUCGAGUGCUGAACAUCUCGCCGCGGCUUUCGUGCCUGAGAUUGUAAGAAAAGCUAGUCUUACAUAUGUAAGAAUCUCGUCAGUACAAGCGUUAUCCAGUGCAAUGGGCACUGCUGUUGCAAAUUCAACACGAGCGUUGGAUCACCCAGAUGUGCCGCUGUUGAUCAGUUCGGUACAGUUUGCGGUGAAUAUUUUGUUGGACUUGCUUAUCAUUUCGAAGUUCCAUGUAGGCUCUUUCACACCAACAGUUAAUACGCAGGCGUUGAUCAGAAUGACAUGUGAUCUUGCUUCUGCAGGGUGUGGUUUGCUAUAUUUUAUUUAUCUUGCUUUGAAAAUGCAAAGGUCUACUCCUUCACCUCCCAUUACACGCGAAUCCGCAUCUUUAUCGAUGUCUCCAUCGCCGUUGCCAUCACCAUCGGAGUCCGAAAGUGCAGCCAGAUCGAGACCUAAAAUCACAAUCUCAGCACUCAAAACACUCUUCAAACCAGGAAAAUGGACAUUCCUUGAAUCAGCUCUUCGCAACGCAAUAUAUCUGUGGCUCAUCCACGGGAUUGUAUCGAUGGGUCUUGACUAUGCCACUGCAUGGGGUGUGUUCAAUAAUAUUCGAUGGGGUAUUGUUAUGGUUCCUGUGAACGCAUUGCAGGCAUCUGCAUCGACUUUUGUAGGUCAUGCGUGGGGAGCUUGGCGAAAGGGUGUUGGGGUUGAGAUCAGGAAACCGAGAGCUGAAAGGGGAGACGUUCUAAAAAUUGUUCACUACGCCCUAAUAUCCAGUAUCAUUGCCCUUCUCAUCGAAAGCAUAUUCUGCAUCUUCCUCUCCCUUUGGGGUAUCCGUAAAUUUUCCUUCUACCUCUCCGAAUCCGCAGCCGUAGCAAAAAUCACAGAACACAUGUGGAGAACAAUCGACUGGUGUUAUAUUUUCUACGCUGUCACCACACAACUCUCCGCCAUUCUCCUAGCUACUGUCCCAAAACUCUAUUUUGUGCAAAGUCUGGGAAGUAAUUUGUUGUGGAUGUUACCUUGGGCAAUUGCGGUAAGUAAAAUUCACAUGACGAGCGAGAAUGCGUGGAUGUAUGAUGGAAUCAUUUUUGGGGGAGCGUUGGUUUUUGAUUUCUUGAAUGUGGCGGUUGUGCUUGGGGCGUGGUAUUGGGGAUUGAGGAGGGGAAGACUGACGGUGGGAUGAUUGUGGAGGCAUCAGAAUUAGGGUGUGCUGGGGAGACUGGAAAAUUAGUUAACCAUGUUGAUACUUUUGUAUCAUAACAUAAACUGCGAAUGAGUUAAUGUUAGAAUUGAGAUGAAGCUGCAACAAACUAAACCUCAAAAUUACACCACCUUCACCAAUAGCCGAUAAAAGGAAUUAUAGAUUUUAAGGUCACACCAAAGUAGCACUGGCGACUCAUAUCCAAAUUCAUUUAGCAGCUUUUGCCUAAGUCGAUGCACAGGCAGAAUUGAUAGACUGAAUCAGUUAAGAAUUUACUACUAUAUAGGCA